CCUGCUGGUGACAUCACAGAGGGGAGAGUUCCACGAGAAUAGUCAGGCCUUUCUGGAAGCCCAGUGCCACAGUCUGCACUGAGCUCGGCUCAGGAAAGAAGGGAAAUCCAGGCGGGGCCUGUUGGGCCCAGGUCUUGAGCUCUGUUUGCUCCAGAGUUCCCAGCACAGUCAUGGAUCAAAACUCAGUGCCUGAAAAGGCUCAGAAUGAGGCAGACACCAAUAAUGCAGAUAGGUUCUUUCGCUCUCACUCAUCACCCCCACACCACAGGCCAGGCCACAGCGGAGCUCUCCACCAUUACGAGUUGCACCAUCACGGCAUGCCCCACCAACGUGGUGGAUCUCACCACCCUCCGGAGUUCCGAGGCUUCCACGACCAAGCCUUGUCCUCCCAUGUCCACCAAUCUCACCACCACAGCGAGGCACGGAAUCAUGGCAGAGCCCAUGGCCCCAUAGGCUUUGGCCUGGCUCCCUCUCAAGGCGCCGUCCCCUCCCACCAUUCCUAUGGUGAGGACUACCAUGAUGAGCUCCAGCGUGAUGGCCGGAGGCAUCAUGAUGGGUCCCAAUACAGUGGGUUCCAUCAGCAGAGUGACUCCCAUUACCAUAGGGGGUCUCACCAUGGCAGACCCCUACAUCUCGGUGAGAAUUUAUCCCACUAUUCCUCUGGCGUGCCCCACCACAGCGAGGCUUCCCACCAUGGUGGGUCCUACCUGCCCCAUGGACCCAGGCCCUACAGUGAGUCCUUCCACCACAGCGAGGCUUCCCACCACAGCGGGCUCCAACAUGAUGAGUCCCACCAUCACCAAGCCCACCACCAUGACUGGUCCCAUCAUCAUGAAGCCCACCACCAUGGCUGGCCCCACCAUCACCAAGCCCACCACCAUGACUGGUCCCAUCAUCAUGAAGCCCACCACCAUGGCUGGCCCCACCAUCACCAAGCCCACCACCAUGACUGGUCCCAUCAUCAUGAAGCCCACCAGCAUGGAAGGUCUCCUCAUCACGGAGAGACCCUUUCUCCUCAUUCCUCUGUGGGGUCCUACCAGCGUGGGCUAUCUGACUAUCACAGCGAGUACCACCAAGGUGAUCACCACCCCAGUGAGUACCACCAUGACGAGCAUCCCCACCACACACAGCACCACUACCACCGGACCCACCAGCACCGAGACCACCAUCAGCACCGAGACCACCAUCAGCACCGAGACCACCACGGCACGUAUCAUUCCGGUUACCUCCAUGGCGACUACCAGGACAGGGACUACGUCCAGAGCACUUCCCAGCUCUCUAUCCCACACACGUCCUGGAGCCUGAUUCAUGAUGCCCCCGGCCCUGCUGCUUCUCGUACAGGAGUCUUCCCCUCUCACGUGGCACACCCACGGGGCUCGGCUCACAGCAUGACUCGGUCCUCCAGCACAAUCCAUUCACGUGCCACCCAGAUGUCCAAAAAAGUCCAUACCCAGGAUAUCUCCACCAAAGAUUCAGAAGACUGGCGCAAAGAAGAGGGGCAAUUUCAGAAACGCAAAACCGGCCGGCUCCAGCGGACCCGCAAGAAGGGACACUCUACCAAUGUCUUCCAGUGGCUGUGGGAAAAGCUAACCUUCCUCAUUCAGGGCUUCCGGGAAAUGAUCCGGAACCUGACCCAAUCCCUGGCCUUUGAAACUUUCAUCUUCUUCAUCGUCUGCCUCAACACUGUCAUGCUGGUGGCCCAGACCUUCGCUGAAGUCGAGAUCCGGGGCGAUUGGUACUUCAUGGCCUUGGACUCCAUAUUCUUCUGCAUCUACGUGGUGGAAGCCCUGCUCAAGAUCAUCGCCCUGGGCCUCUCGUACUUCUAUGACUUCUGGAACAAUUUGGACUUCUUCAUUAUGGCCAUGGCCAUGCUGGACUUCUUGCUGAUGCAGACCCACUCCUUCGCCAUCUACCACCAAAGCCUCUUCCGGAUCCUCAAGGUCUUCAAGAGCUUGCGGGCCCUGAGGGCAAUCCGGGUCCUGCGGAGGCUCAGUUUCCUGACCAGCGUCCAGGAAGUGACAGGGAUCCUGGGCCAGUCCUUGCCAUCCAUCGCAGCCAUCCUCAUCCUCAUGUUUACCUGCCUCUUCCUCUUCUCCGCGGUCCUCCGGGCACUGUUCCGCAAAUCUGACCCCAAGCGCUUCCAGAACAUCUUCACCACCAUCUUCACCCUCUUCACCUUGCUCACGCUGGAUGACUGGUCCCUCAUCUACCUGGACAGCCGUGCCCAGGGCGCCUGGUACAUCAUUCCCAUCCUCAUAAUUUAUAUCAUCAUCCAGUACUUCAUCUUCCUCAACCUGGUGAUUACUGUCCUGGUGGAUAGCUUCCAGACGGCGCUGUUCAAAGGCCUCGAGAAAGCGAAGCAGGAGAGGGCCGCCCGGAUCCAAGAGAAGCUGCUGGAAGACUCACUAACGGAGCUCAGAGCCGCAGAGCCCAAAGAGGUGGCGAGUGAAGGCACCAUGCUGAAGCGGCUCAUCGAGAAAAAGUUUGGGACCAUGACUGAGAAGCAGCAGGAGCUCCUGUUCCAUUACCUGCAGCUGGUGGCAAGCGUGGAGCAGGAGCAGCAGAAGUUCCGCUCCCAGGCAGCCGUCAUCGAUGAGAUUGUGGACACCACAUUUGAGGCUGGAGAAGAGGACUUCAGGAAUUGAACCCAGGAGGACACCAGAUACAGACUUCAGCCCCUGGCAGUCUGCCCACCUGGGUGCACUGGGACGGGUCCCCAGAUCUGCUGGAAUGAUUGUCCGGGCCCUGCAGAGCAGGGGCCCCAACAGAGUUUUUAAACCCCA